AUAUAUCGACUUCGCGUCCUAGCAUCUUACGCUCGUUUAAGUUCGCAUGGCACCCAAUCACUCCAAGAACAAGUUCAGACUGUACAUAACACUCAACACUAUGAACCCCAAUUAUCGUAUCUCACCUCUGCACUGGGGAUUCCUGUUCGCCCCAAAAGACAAACCUAUCGAGCGCGGGGAUGUUCGCAGAGACUCUAUUCUCUGGCAUAUCAGAACCGAUGAUAGAAGACAAAACCCCUGGGUUUUCGAAACUAGAAUCGUCAACCAUUGUUUGAGCGAGACACUGGUUGCGCGGGUUCUUAUUGCCAAGUUUGAAAGGGCUGAUGAUGCUGUUCGCAUUGGUUUCAUCUUGGGGCGUCUGCCCAUCAGGCAGAACGACAUAAAUUUUACCUGCCGUGUCUGGACGAUAGAUGCUAUCCACUCACUACAUGCUCUGCGUUUGGUUAAUCUCCAUAUUCCUUUGGUUAUGCUGGAGGAGACUAUCUCAAAGUUUUCAAGAAAGCAUCAACACAAGAUGGUCGAUCUACGGGACGAUAGCAGCAGCAGCCACGAUGAAAGGGAGAACAAACAUUCCGCCAUCCUGGACCUUCGAGAGUGAUGGUUAUACCAAGUAUUUUGAUCGAAGUGGCCAAAGUGAAAUGUGCCAAUUGAUUGUAGAGAAAGAUAUAUUGCAAAAUAAAUACCAUGGAUAAUAUUUAAUAUUUACUCAACGGUGAUGAAGAGUGCAUGAGUAGUUCCCUACUUUACCCUGUAAAUUCUUAAACAUGCAGAUUUUAUGGUGCUGUGUAAGCGUAGAACAUGUAGCUGUUCUGGUAGACUAGUUAGAUU